GAAAAAUCGUCUAGUUGAAACGAAAUUUGACAGAGAUUGCAAGGUAUCUACUGCCAUCCAAGGUGCAAAGGAAAAGCAGCCACAAAACUAGCAAAAAAGGGUACUUCGGCCAACAAAGAUUCACCACCGCCGCACUUCACUGCUGAAAGACAACAUAAGCAAAUAGCAAUCAGAGCAACCAUGCUUCCCAGAUCGCUACACUCGACCAUCCUAGCUUGCCUACUGCUAGCGUCCGCGCUUAGUAUAGAAGGUGCCAAGCGACGAUCCCGACUCGAUUUGCCCAUCUCGAAGCCCGCCGAUGCCCCGCUAGAGGACAAUCUGGCGACAGCUUCCGGUUCCGAUAUCAAGUACGAACGGGUGGAACCACCAGCCGCGGCAUCCACGGCUGCCAAUCCACCGGCCGCCGUUGCUACACCCGUUGCGGCUGCGGCCACGUCCACCGAAACGGACGCGGCCAACAGCUCCGGUAGUGGUAGCGCCGAAAACAGUUCCCAGAUGAUCGACGAGUACAGCGACGAGGAUUGCGAUCCGGACUUUGUGGCGUUUGAGCUGGUAACCGGGUACGUCUUCUCGGCACCGAACAAACUGCUCGAUUCGAUCCCCGGAACGCUGAUGCUGACCGACUGUCUGGAGGCCUGUCAAAACAAUGAUUCAUGCGCGUCGGUCAACUACGAAACCGGACUCUGUGUGCUGUUCUCGUCCAAUUCUGACAAAUUACCAGGUGCUCUGACCAAGUCUCAGUUCCCAGUGUUCACGAUCUACGCCCAGAAGUCCUGCCUGAAGCUGCGUCCGUGCGAGCGUGCCUGGUGCAUCGACAGAGUGCAAGGUUACAAGCUCAUCGGUCACGUGAAACGCACCGCCCAGGUUGUGAACCGUCGCGACUGUCUCGAGAUGUGUUUGGGUGAAAACGAAUUCACAUGCCGCUCGGCCAACUUCUACCAAUCGACCAUGACUUGCGAACUUUCCGAUAUGGACCGAAUCACGCUGGCUGGAUCCAGUGCAUUCCAAUCUGCGGACGGAUCGGACUACCUCGAGAACAACUGUGCGGAGGAACCGACCAAGCUGUGCGAGUUCAAGCGUAUGUCCGGGCGUAUUCUUAAAACAGUCGACUCCGUUUACCAGGACGUUGCCAGCGUCGAUGAAUGCCGCGAACUUUGCCUCAGCUCACCAUACCGCUGUCACUCGUACGAUUACGGAGAUACCGGUGAUAUGGUGUGCCGUUUGUCUCACCACAGUCGUGCUACCCUUGCCGAUAUCCAGGAUCCCUAUCUAGACGUACCGGAAGCUGCCACCUAUGAGCUCUCGUCCUGCUACAACGUGUCCAUUGAAUGCCGUGCUGGAGAUAUGAUUGCUAAGAUUCGUACUUCCAAACUCUUCGACGGAAAGGUUUACGCGAAGGGUGCUCCCAACUCUUGCUCCGUUGAUGUUAAGAACUCGCUUGAAUUCGAGCUGCGCAUGGGAUACCAAGAUAUCGAUUGUAACGUUCGUCAAAAUGGACUCGGUCGCUACCUUAACGAUGUCGUUAUCCAACACCAUGACACCAUCGUUACGUCGUCCGAUUUGGGUCUGGCCGUUACCUGCCAAUACGAUCUCACCAACAAAACCGUAUCCAACGAUGUUGAUCUGGAUGUUGCCGGAGAUAUUGAACCUGCUCUAUCGGAAGAAGUGGUUGUCGACUCCCCGAACGUAGUAAUGAAGAUCACCACUCGCGACGGAUCGGAUAUGAUGCGUACUGCCGAAGUCGGAGAUCCCCUGGCCCUGCGUUUCGAAAUUCUGGACCCACAAUCACCGUACGAAAUUUUCGUCCGCGAAUUGGUUGCCAUGGACGGAGUCGACAGCAGCGAAAUCACUCUCAUCGAUGCCCGUGGUUGCCCGACCGAUCACUUCAUUAUGGGACCGAUCUACAAGAGUGCUGGUUCCGGAAAGAUCCUCCUGUCACACUUCGACGCCUUCAAGUUCCCGUCCUCGGAAUUGGUUCAGUUCCGUGCUCUUGUUACCCCAUGUAUGCCAACCUGUGAGCCGGUUCAGUGCGAUCAUGAUGACUUUGCUGCUGGAGAACUACGUUCCAUUGUGUCCUACGGACGUAAACGUCGCUCCCUCAAUGCCACCCAAGAGCUCAGCUCACACCGUCAACGUCGGGAAACCACGCACCAGGCUCCUCAAGAUGACAUGUUGCUCGUUCAGUCAAUCCAAAUCACCGACAAGUUCGGAUUCGAGAAGCAGCAGGGCAAACCGAAGAUCAGCAGUAGCGAGACCGUAUUUGUGGCUUCCUCCGAUGCUCAAGGCAUUUGCGUUAACGGACUUGGUCUUAUCGUUGCUGGAGCCGUAUUCCUGCUUGGUCAGCUGGCCGUUAUUGCCAUCUGGACCUUUCUGUGGCAACGCCGCAGGAAGCAACGUCAGUUCGAGAAUGCAUCGAUGGGCUCGUCGGUGAUGCCUAGCCCAACCAUGGCCGCCGGUCGAGGGGAUUCCAUGUGCAAGCUGUACGACAGUGGUUACGCUGGCAGGCACUUCUGAGCAUCUAUCGCUUUCCCGCAGAUCCACAUAAAUACCACACAAGGCUGAUCUAUUUCCACAAUUCCCAGUUUACAGAUCCAAGCAACACCCACCAUCAAACAUUAUCACAUUGUCAUAAACUUCGAAGAACUCCUUAGAGCACACCGACUCAUUUUAGGUUUAGGAUCGCCUGUUUUUCCUCGCCGGCUCGGACGAGCUGCGAGGAGAAAGUCGAGCAACAGAACUGCCAUUUAAUGGUCUAAUUUUUAUAAUAUUUUUCGCUCACAUCAACCAGAGGAUCAACAUUUUGUUAAAAUACGACCAGUAAGGAUGUGAGAGAAUGGGUACUCGAAGUAGCGGUUGAAUCUUCUGCUCUCUUAGAGUACUCAAAGCUCCCACACUCGCGCGCCUUCAGAUUUUUCCUAAUUAAUUUCUCACUCAGUUUCCGGAUACAUUCACACGAAUCAGACUAAUCUUUAUGUUUUACAUUCCCAAAAUAGGGAGAAUAGGACGACUGGAGUAUAAAAUAAAAGAAUUUUCGACAACGAAUCGAGCAUGUAUGCACGGAAAGCGUGACUAAAAACCGAAAUAGUAUUCUUACAAAGUGAAACGGGAUGCUUGUGUGCGAGUCAGUUUUAUAGGCGAGUGAGUGUGACUUAGGGUUAGCUAAUUUUUCUAUUUUGAAAAAAAAAUCUCACAAAAAAGUUAUCUAUUCUAACGCGGAAAUUUAUACUCCUUUGUCCUUUUCUCCUGAGCUCAGAGCUUCGGCUAGUAGAAAAUCGAACCCUUGAACACACACUGCACGAUGCACCUAAAGGCUAAAUCACAUUCAUGGGAGCGAUUGGUAGCCAAAGCAAGCUCCGGGCUCAAUUUUAAGCAUUUAUCAUAAUUUAUUUUGUAUUCAUUAAUUCCUUACUAUUAGUAGCCUUCAAAUGCAGAAAAAAAAACAUUCCCUACUGUGUUUCUGUAAGUUAACUUAGUGCUGCAGUAACAUUGUCUUAAUAGUUACGAAGCAAAUGCAAUAAGAAAUUAAUAGCAAAAUAGACAAACACACACGUUUAGUAUUUACAAUAGAAACUAACCGGCCGUACUUGUAGAUCGUAGGGCGAAGAAAUACUUAGGCUUCCCUUAUUUCAAACGCUGAAACCCUAUUCCAAGCUGUUUUAUUUAUAAAUUCAUAGCAUACUAACCAUUCAUUAUCAUGCAUUAGAUGUGACUUACUGCGAAGAAAGUUUAAUGAUGAGAGGAAAUAAAAAAAAAACAAAUAAGAGCAAGCAAAACAAUACUGCAAAACACCGAGUAAAAGUCAAAAAUUAAUAUUUAAUUGAAGAAAAAACGAAAGAAGGAGAACUUAGUAAAAAAUAAAUUUAAUUUAAUUUUAAU